AGCACCCGACCUUCAGCUCACAUUACAACAGGGAGGAUUAUUUAAAGGGGCCGCGCCUGGGAGACUCAAGCAGCCUGUUAAUCAUCAGCCUGUUAAUCAUCAACCAGUUUCAUUUAAAGUCAUGAUUACGGGUUUGGUCGAGGAUGUUGCAGGGACCAGAUGGGAUCUGAUCUGAAAAUAUUAGUGGUCCCUUUAUAACCGGCUAGCUCAAGACGAUACACAUAGCUGACCCGAGGAUCCAGAAACAGGAAAAUGAGCAGAUAUGAAAAGGUUUUCAUCAUUUCCUGAAGGUCUACUCUAACCACACUGAGCUGAGCAGGUUAAACUGCUUUACCAGCUGAGACCCUUGGGGAUCUUGUGAGGAUCAAAGGUGAUAUGUCACGUGGGAAACUGUGUAACUGUGCAUCUAAAUCACUACUGAGACUUCAUCAAAGAUUUCUGGCCCACAUACACUGAACGGCUGCAGUACAUGAUUAGACUCAGCUUGCAGAAAUGGGUACUCAACUACAUCAGCCAGAAAAGUCAUGUGAUCUAGAGCCUGAGGAAGCAGAUAUGGAAGGCACGGUGACCCCACUGGCUCAGGCACAUUCAGCACACCUUGAAGCUCCUGAUGGAGGAUGGGGCUGGGUGGUGCUGAUGGCCACCGUCUUAGUCCUAGCCCUGACCCUGGCCUUCCCGUCCUGCAUGGGUAUCUUCUACAAUGACCUUCAGGCUGAAUUCAGUGCCACCAACAGUGAGACAUCCUGGGUGCCAUCCAUAAUGAUAGCAGUCCUACAUGCUGGAGGGCCCUUAUGCAGCGUGUUAGUGGAACGUUUUGGCUGCAGGGCAACAGUGAUGCUGGGGGGAGUCUUGAGUGGAUUGGGGAUGGCAACCAGCUCUUUUACACGUUCCAUCAUUGAGCUUUACAUGACUGCAGGGGUAAUAACAGGUCUAGGUUUUUGUUUCAGUUUCCAACCUGCAGUCACCAUCCUUGGGCACUAUUUCGUGCGCCGCCGUGCCUUUGCCAAUGCCAUAUCCUCCACGGGCACAGCACUGGGCCUGUGCAUACUGCCCUUCCUGGGUCAUUACCUACACAGUGAACUGGGUUGGAGGGGGAGUUUCCUUGUGCUGGGUGCUGUGUUGCUCAACUGCUGUGUGUGUGGUGCUGUCAUGAGGCCCCUGAGGCCACAGAAACGCAGAGAAGCCAAAGAAAAGAACAAUAGCACUAAACCACUGGCUGAGAAAAGCUUUAAAGAACAGAUGUGGGUGGCCUGGAGGAAUUUAAUAUCCUCUUUCCAUCGCCUCAUGGCCUUUGACCUGUUUUGCAGUAACCAGCGCUUUCGUGUGUAUGCACUUGGCAUUACAUGGAUGAUGCUGGGAUUUGUGGUGCCGUUGGUUUUCGUUGUUCCUUAUGCCACAGAUGGCGGCAUGGAGCACAGUCGGGCUGCCCUCCUGCUCUCCAUCUUGGGCUUUAUCAACAUCUUUGUGCGUCCACUGACCGGCCUGCUCUUCGGCCUUUCCUGGUUCAAAGGCCGCCAUGUUUAUGUAUUUUCAAGUGCAUUGCUACUGAAUGGACUGAGCAACAGCAUCUGCUGUAUCGCACCCACAUUUCCAGUACUCUUGGGUUAUGUGCUGACUUACGGUCUGUCCAUGAGUGUGGUGGGCUCACUGAUGUUCACUGUGCUCAUGGACAUAGUAGAAAUGAACCGCUUUCCCUCAGCACUUGGCCUGCUGGCUAUCAUGGAGAGUGUCACGCUGCUGAUUGGGCCGCCUUUAGCAGGCAGCCUUGUGGACAGAACUGGUCUGUACACAUACGUGUUUUUUGCCUGCAGUGUCAGUGUGGUCUUAUCAGCUUUAUUUCUCAUGGUGUCCUUCUACUGGCUGGACCGCUGUGACGCAGCACUUAAGGAUACAUCGUCUACUCGAGUGUCAACAGUUACACCUGAACCCCUCACAGUGUACGGAGGGGAAAAGGUCAAGGAACCUGCCAUAGAAACUGAACUCAUCACAACUGUAUGAACUGAGUCCAUUAAGAAUCAACAUCUCUGUUAGAUGCAUGAGACAUGUGCACAUUAUUUGAAUACAGGUUGAUUUAUUGUUCUAUCUGGGGCAUUUCACCAGCGAUAUAUACUUUAAACCUGGUUAAAGGUACAUGGUAUAUUUAACAGAUUAUAUUGGUUAAAGGACAUGAGACAUGAAACAUAAAUGCACGCUAUAUCAGUUUCUUUCCAUUAAAAAUAUGAAUUAAUUGCAUCAACAAAUACAAAUCAUCUAUUAAAUUCAGCAAAAUCGUUAUAUUCGUGAUGAUUAUAUGGCAUUUCUGCUCGAGCUCCGAUAUGCAUAGUUUACAACCGGAAGAGCCGCUGUCACGUGAUCAUACGUCACAAAAACUUUCAGGCACAGCACAAGCGGGUAGAUGAACGGAGAAGUGAAUGACAAGAAAAUUGUUUUUAUAGUCUUUAACGUACAUUGAACAUCAUGGUGUAUUGUGCUGCUUAUGGUUGCAAUAAUUCCAAUGGGAAAUGCCCUGGAGUAAGUUUUUUUGCAUUCCCCAAGGACCCGAAGCUGAGGAAAGUGUGGGCUCACUACUGCCGUAGAAAAAACUUUGCACCUACUGUUUCCCACAAACUGUGUUCGGACCAUUUCACUGAGGAUUUUCAACAUUAAUACUCGGGUACUGAGCGAUAUUAAUUGCCAAGCCAAAUUUAAGAGGCCGUAUAGCCGGGUUCAUGGAGGCAGUGAUAGCGCCAUAAUAUACAGGGCCUAACAUUCCUACAACUGUAGAGACAGUCAAGAAAUCCUGUAACAUUAAUGGACAUUUAAAUAGGAACAGUCCACCGUACUUCCAUAAUGAAAUAUGCUCUUAUCUGAAUUGAGACGAGCUGCUCCGUACCUCUCCGAGCUUUGCGCGACCUCCCAGUCAGUCAGAUGCACUGUCACUCCUGUUAGCAAUGUAGCUAGGCUCAGCAUGGCCAAUGGUAUUUUUUGGGGCUGUAGUUAGAUGCGACCAAACUCUUCCACGUUUUUCCUGUUUCCAUAGGUUUAUAUGACCAGUGACAUGAAACAAAGUUCAGUUACACAAAUUGAAACGUAGCGAUUUUCUAUGCUAUGGAAAGUCCGCACUAUAAUGACAGGCGUACUAACACCUUCUGCGCGCUUCGACAGCGCAUUGAUACCUUCACUCGAAGUUGUACCAUUAUUUUUUAGACAGGGCGGACGGACCAGGGCAUUCGCCCGCCUGGCCGUGCCCGACGAGGAGCGCUCUCGGCUGGCUUGGGAAGCAGACGGCAGCCCCUCCUGGAAGUGUGGUUUUACCAUGGGCCUCAUGCGGAAAAAUGACGGUGCAUUCGCUAAGCCACUGAAAGCCGAGGUAAGGAUUAGUAUUAUAAUUUUGGGUGUAUCAAUUAUUGAUUAUCAUAAUUCUGACUCGUUUCGCCAUUUUGAAUGUUUUCAUCUCGGACUCUGGAAGCAUUGUAUCUCAAUCUCGAAAAAUAUCAGCAAAAAAAAAAAACUAGCUUGCAACGGACUUUAGCUAGAUCUAUGAUGAACUUUCAAUGUAUGAUACAAAAAUAAUACUACUUUCAACAGAUCAUUAGCCUUUGAGCAGAAUUGUUUUUAACUUACCAGGAAGUGUUAUCCAGCCGACCGCUUUCAGUUUCAUGGGGAUUGAAUGAACUCUCACUCUCAGAAUCAUCUGACCCGUCAGAGUAAAGACAAGGUCCAUGUUCAUGUGAAUUUCCAGCUAUCGGUUCGAAUUGAUAGGGUCUAACUUCACAUCUCUGUGAAACAUCGGGAAUGUCACUGUCGAUGGUGUCCAUUUCGGUAACCUGUUUACAUUAGAUUCCCAAGCGCUGGCUCCUUGGAAAGUUUUUGUGACGUCACUGGUCACGUGACCACCUAGCUAAUUAACGAAUCAUUGUUUUACGCUGAUGUAUAAAAAAGUUGAAUAAUGUGGUGAUUUUCACAUUUUUGACGCCCUGCAGUGAUUUAGAUGGCAUUUCAUAUGUCCUUUAUACAUAAUUAUACCCAGAAAAAAAUCCAUGUCCCAUAUCCUUUAACAAUGCUAGAUCAAGAUGAGUCUUUGACACAAUCAGACAUUUAAAAGCAUGUUCAUCGUAUUUACUACAUUUCCAGUACACUUGCCAAUACAUAUUUAUGGCAAUGUGGGUCUGAAUCCAUCUUUCAGAUCACUAAUGAUAACAUGGCCUUAUUGGGUACUGGGCUACAGUUGUUAAACCUGUUUUGGUGUUUACUGUUCUUUACAUGUUUAUUUGAUUCCAAAA